AUUUUCUUUGAACGCAGCAUGACGCCGCAUGUGAGUUAGUGGCUCAUUAUCUGGCAGUCGGAGUGGCAGCGGACACAAGAGAGGGGAUCCCCGGGAUUUUUUCAUCGAAUUACGGGUAUUGAUAGCUAAAUUAUAACCCAAACAACCGGAAAACUAGGGCCAACGCCGUCAACCCCCUCUAAAACCACGGAGGGAGCAGCCAUGUCGGAGGAGGCCGCGCGUCUGACGCGUAGCCAGAAGCGGGCGCUGGAGCGUGACCCACCGGGCCCCGCCGGCUCCCCGGAGGACGGGGAGAGCAAGCGGCUGAAGCUGGAGACGGGGGACCCGGCCGCCGCCGUCGGCCUCUCGGACGUAGAGGACCCCGAGGAGGACGCUGCCUCGGAGGGGACGCCUGACCCCAUCCCAGAGGUGCCCGCCAGCCUCCUGAAGACGGGGGAGGUGAAGGCCACCAUCAAGGUGGAGGUCCAGACCGGAGACGAGCCGGUGGACAUGAGCACGGCGAAAAGUGAGGUCAAGAAGGAGAGGCAGCCCCCGUCCCCGGACGACGUCAUCGUGCUGUCGGACAACGAGCCGGCCAGCCCCGUGAUGAACGGCCACUGCUUCACCAAGACGGACACGGAUAAACUCAUGAAGAGCAGCCCCGAGGAGAGGGAGCGCAUCAUCAAGCAGCUCAAGGAAGAGCUGCGACUCCAGGAGGCCAAGCUGGUCCUGCUGAAGAAGCUGCGACAGAGCCAGAUCCAGAAGGAGAGCACCGUACAGAAGGUGACGGGCCGUAGCUCAGGUACCGUGAUCCCUCCUCCACUGGUGCGGGGCGGGACGCAGCACGUCCCCUCCAAACCCAACUCCCAGAUCGUCAUGCCACCGCUGCUGAGAGGAGCACAGCCCAUCGCCGUGACCCCGCAGCAGAUCGCCAGCCUCCGGCAGCAGCAGCAGCAGCACAGCGGCUCGGGGCCCCCGCCCCUGCUCCUGGCGCCCCGGGCGUCGGUGCCCAACGUGCAGGUGCAGGGCCAGAGGAUCAUCCAGCAGGGGCUCCUCCGGGUGGCCAGCGUGGCCAACAACAACGUCAUGGUCAACAUUCCCCAGGCCUCUCCAACCCAUAUGAAGGGCUCCAACGUCAACUCCAACUCCAACCCCAGCGAGUCUCCAGCCGCCCGGCAGGCCGCUGCCAAACUGGCGCUGCGCAAACAGCUGGAGAAGACCCUGCUGGAGAUCCCUCCGCCCAAACCACCAGCCCCCGAGUUCAACUUCCUACCGUCGGCCGCCAACAACGAGUUCAUCUACCUGUUGGGUCUGGAAGAGGUGGUGCAGAAACUGCUAGAGAUGCACGGCAGGGGUAGCUUAGGCCCGGCCGCGGCGAUGGCCAACUCUCUCCCCAAGGAGCCGCACACCUGUCUCCAGUGCAAGACGGACUUCACCUCCCGCUGGCGCCAGGAGAAGGCCGGCACCGUCCUCUGCGACCAGUGCAUGUCGUCCAAUCAGAAGAAGGCCCUGAAGGCGGAGCACACCAACCGGCUGAAGGCGGCCUUCGUCAAGGCCCUCCAGCAGGAGCAGGAGAUAGAGCAGCGCAUCCUGCAGCAGGCCGCCUCCUCCGCCGCCUCCUCCUCGUCCUCCUCGGUCUCCAAGACCACCUCUCCGUCGCUGUCCAAGAGCGAGCAGCAGAUCCUGGUGUCCCAGCAGUUCAAGCAGGUCAGGGCUGCCAUGCAGCAGCAGCACCAGCAGCACCAGCAGCAUCAACAGCAUCAACAUCAGCAGCAGCAUCAUCAGCAGCAGCAGCAGCAGCACAGGGGGCAGUCCAUGGCUCGCCACCACUCCGCCAUCAAGACGGUCGGUCAGAUGUCCCGUAGCAUCCAGUCUCCAGUGAGCUCGCGGGGCGUGGCCCACUCCUACUCCUCCGCCCAGCUGCAGAACGCGGCGGCGGCGGCGGCGGCCGCCAUGGGCAACCGGCCGGUCAAGCAUCCCGCGGCGAGGCCGCUGCAGCAGGGGCCAAAGGGUGGGGCCACCGGCAGCGGGGGCAGCAACCAGGUCCACAUGGCCGCCUGGAGGAAGCAGAGCGGCGGCAACACAGGUGUCCCCAUGACGUACGUGAACCCCAGCCUCGCCGCCCACAAGACCAGCUCCGCCGUGGAGCGCCAACGGGAGUAUCUGCUGGACAUGAUCCCAUCACGCCCCAUCUCCCAGACAGCCAACACAUGGAAAUAAUGCUGCACCAUGAACCUCUGCAAUAACUAUGACCCCAUUGAAAUAAUUUCACCCUCCUAAUUAUCAACAUAACUACGGACCAUGCCGGGGGGAGGACCUACGUUUUGACCCAUAUUUAGGAAGUACAGAAAAAAAAAAAGUGAAUAGAAAAAAAUAUAUAUUUCCCUCGCUCUUUCUGCUGCCGUCUGUCUGUCUCUACGUCCUAUGGAUUGUGAAUAUUCAGGAGUGCCGGGGACGGGACGUGUACGACCUCAGAUGUGUCUGUCGUCUCUCCCUCUGUCGUCGGUUGAACCUCAAGUUUGCAACGAGAGGGAGCCGUCGCAUCCUCGCUGACCUCCAUUCUAGCUGGGAGAUGGCCGCCAUCUUGCACCGUCAAAGAUUAGCCUUAGCUCUGACCCCAUUCCUCUCCAGGUGAAGUAGGACACUAGGAGCCUGCGGUUGCUGGACUCGCCUCUGAAGUUCCAUCUUGUUGGGAUUUUUACCCAUCUCCAUUAUUUGGACGGUUCCCAGGUGUUUCUGAAAUCCUUUUUUUUUUUAAUAGCUAUAUGGGCUGAGUUAAGUAGCUGUCCACCGACCUCGCAAAACAUUAUUCACUGCCACUCGUGGUUGAAAAAAAGCCCAUAAUCAAUACUUUUAUUCCAACAUGUCUGGCAGGGAACAAAGCUUCUGGAGUAAGAUGGCUGCUCUUAAAUCCAUUCUGACUACAUAGUUGUGGAAAUAAAACCUUGUGUAAUACCGGGGGAAUCAGGAGUAAUGGCCAGAAGUGAGCAUUACUCGGCUAUGGUCCAUUAACUGUGGUUCUAUGGUGGGGAGGGUAGCUUGUGGACCAUCCAGGAAAUAAUAACUGCUUUAGCUUUGCAAAAACGAAUACUAAAGACUUAAAAAAAGAAAAGACAAAACAAAAAAAAUAACGUUUAUCUCCACACAGAUUGCCUCUCCACUUUGUGUGCGUGUGUAUAGCAGAGCGUUUGGGCAGUGUGUCGGGAUAAUUUUGUAUGGCUGAAUAUGAAACGUGUCCUGUAAGUCCUAUACUGUGUUUGAGAUGUCGUGCUCCCUGACGCGUGGAACUGGCCUCUUCGAGGGCUCCUGGUUAAGGUUACUGUUGAGGUGGUUUUACAUCUGCUGGGUUCUGUGUUUUAGCCGACUUUUAAUGACUUGUUUCUAAGAUGAAGACCAUUAAAACAGAUAAAUGUCUCGCUGUCUAAUAUUUAAACAAAAUCAAAAUGCAGACUGAAAGUUUCGGGGACUUCUUGGAUAUUGUAGAAAGGAAAUAAGAGAAGAAAAAAAACGUCCAAAGAACUACUGGAGUCCAAAUGGAGAAUCUUCUCCCAGGGGGUUGGGUGUUCCUGAACCCUCUUUGGAUGUAAAAAUAUACGUUCCUGCUAAGCCAUGGGGCUGUGAACGAUGUCAUGGUUCAUGACGUGGUUUUGCUUUUAGUUGUAGUUUGUGGCGGAUUCUUUUUCCUCUUUAGACAACUUUUCCCGGUUUAUUUAUAGGGUCCCGUUAGCAGAGGUUUGCGUUUAGGCAUCGGUUCGAAUGGGUCUCCCAUUUUAAAACAUGCGCAUCUUCUGUCCUGCACACCCUGUCAUUGGUUUAGAAGAAGCUGGUCCCAUUUCAGAAUGUAACCAUUUAAAAACAAAACGCACCAUGGAUAUGUUUUCUUUUUUUGUCUGCUUUGAGGUGUCGUCCAUGAUUUGUCUGAUAUAAUUGGUUCUUUACAAUUGUGAUGUGCGAUGCAAUGUGUUUUCUAAGGAUUCAGUGGCUCAGGAUAAGCUAGUGUGGGGGGGGGGGGGGGGGGGGGAAUCCAAUAUGCCCAUAACAAAAAGCGGCGAUGCGCUCAGCCUCCGGACAGUCUACGAGGCUAUAACCUUUUCAUUUUGCGAUGGCUGCCUUUGUAAGGUACAUACGAUUGGACGAUUACAAAAUGGCUAUGUUUGGGGUCUCGGGUUGUAAUGGAUACUUAAAUUAUUAGUUUUAAAUUGUUUGUUUUCUCUGUCUCUUUUUUUUUGCGGGCGGUGUGCACAAUGGUCGAGAAAUUAAAGCAGCCGUCACAUGAGGUCCGCCCCGAUCGGUGCAUUCUUGUAAAGACUGCUGACGCGCGAGUUAGGCAACCUUCUUUCACAGGUUUAAUUUAUAGGUAAACCUUGUAUACCCUUAACCAAUGUGUUCAUCCCUUUUUACACACAUGCAGUGUUUUUGUUAAGUAUAACCCCAAUCUUUAGAGAUGUUUUUUUGUUUCUUUGUGUAUAGACCCAUGUAUCGGUCUCGAUUCUUUUGUAAGGAUUGAACAAUGCCAUCAUUGAGGAUUUACGACUUUGUUAAUUCAUAGGUUUUCUGUUUUUCUUUUCAAGGCCAUCGCUCACCAAGAAGCCCUGUGUUGAAAGCUAAGGUCUCAGUGUUUAGUAGACGACAUUGUCAUUUGUUCAUCGGUAGAACCCCAAACAGGUGUUUAGGAACAUCUGGGACGUUUGGGACUCCUCAUUUCCACAGUUGGAUUGAUUUAAAUCGGCCGGGGAUAUUUCAAACUGUCUGUGUAUGGCAGACAAGGGCCGGAUGUAGCAAAAGGAUUCGAACUGUUGAAUGUAACGCGAACGACUGGAGAGUUGGCGUUAAAUGUGUGGACCGGCUGCAGGCCCUCCGUGCACCGCUGGGUGUCGCUGCUGAGGCCGGUUACGUCAUCAUUCCGUCUCCUCCAGGGAUCCCCGCUCCAAGGCGCUUCUUCGGGGAAAUGAGGUGUACAUGAAAAAUAUACGUUUGGAUUCUUUUUUUUUUUUUUCUCUCACCGCUCUAUCAAGUAAUAAUAAAAACUAAUUUUAACCCCUCUA